AUGGUUCAGAACAAGGGCGUCAUUUUCAAGAAGGUGCCAGACGGCUGGCCCGUAGCCGGCGAGCACAUCACCGUCGAGACCCGCGACAUCGACCUCGACCAACAGCUCCCCGAAGGCGGCCUGCUCGUCAAAAACUUCUAUGCCUCGUUCGACCCCUACCAGCGCGGCCGCAUGCGCAGCCCAGAUAAGAAAUCAUACUCGCCGCCCUUCGAGCUUGGCAAGCCCAUCACUAACCGCUCCAUCUUCAAGGUCGUCAAGUCCAAUACGGAGCAGUACAAGGCGGGCGAUGUGCUCAUCACGCGCGGCAUCACGCCGAUUGAGGAGUACAGUGUGUUCGACAAGGACACCGUCGCGGGCGUCAUGAAGCUCGAGAACCCGUACGAACUCGACCCGAAGCACUUCCUCGGCGCGCUGGGCAUGCCAGGUCUGACUGCGUGGUCCUCCUUCUACGAAAUCGGUGUGCCGAAAAAGGGUGAGACCAUCUUCAUCUCGGCCGCGUCAGGUGCUGUCGGACAACUUGUUGGCCAGCUCGCAAGGCAUGAGGGAUUGAAGGUCAUCGGAUCUGUUGGCGACGACGCGAAGCUCCAGUUCAUCAAGGAGGAGCUCGGUUUCACCGACGGCUUCAACUAUAAGACAGAGAAGCCGGCAGAUGCGCUCGCGCGCCUUGCGCCUGACGGCAUCGAUAUCUACUACGAGAACGUGGGCGGCGAACAACUCGAAGCUGCCAUCAACGCGAUGAACAACUUCGGACGCAUCAUCGCAUGUGGCAUGAUCAGCCAGUACAACUGCAAGCCCGGCGAGCAGUACCCCAUCCGCAACUUGAUGCAAGUGGUAGCCAAGAGGUUGACGAUGCGCGGAUUCAUCGUGAGCGAUGAGAACAUGGGUCCCAAGCAUGCGAAGGAGCACCAGGAGAAGCUGCAGAAGUGGCUGCAUGAGGGCACAUUCAAGGCGAAGAUUAGUGUUACCGAGGGCAUUGAUAAUGCGCCUGAGGGCUUCUUGGGUAUGCUGCAGGGAAAGAACUUUGGCAAGGCGGUGCUGCAGAUUGCGGAUAUUGCCAAGGAUUAGGGAUGGAAGGAAAAUUAUGUGAUACCAAAUGACCGCAGAUAGUGGUUAGAGAUAUGAAUAUAUGAAUGACGGAC